UCGAGCCGCCAUGAGCGAGCCGGAGACGCACGACUUCAUGAGCGUCAGCGUCGACUCCUUCUCCCAGCUCCCCUUCAUCCGGCCCACCCCCGCCCGCGACAAGCCCUCGAACGCGAACGCCUCCUCCUCCCCCACCGCCAUCCGCCUCUUCGGCUUCGACUUCCCCCACGACCCCAAUUCUUCCGCCGAGGAGCCCUCCAACGUCAAAGAAACCCCCACCUCCACAUCUAACACUAACAUGAGCAACAACAACAGCAACAGUAAUAAUAAUAAUAAUAAUAGUAACGCCGCGGGCGGUGGGGGCAGCAGCGACGGCACCGCAGGGCGGAAAUUCGAGUGCCACUACUGCUGCCGCAACUUCCCGACGUCGCAGGCGCUCGGCGGGCACCAGAACGCGCACAAGCGCGAGCGCCAGCACGCGAAGCGGGCUCACCUCCAGUCGGCGAUGGCCGCGCACCACCACCACGCCGCCAUGCUCGCCGAUGGAGGGGCCCACGUCUACGGCCUCAUCAACUACCACCGCCUCGGCUCCGUGCCCUCCGCCGCCCGCUUCGAGCCCCCGCCCCCGCCCCACUACCCUUCAUGGACCAGCUCAAACCCUAGCCUGAGCCCCGCCGGGGCCCGGUUCUACAGCGGAAUAGGAUCCAUGGCGCAGCCCAUCAAUGGCAACCCGCUUCCGGGGCUGUGGCGUGUGCCGAGCCACAGCGGCACCGCAAAUUUCAGCACCGCUUAUAGAGACCGGUCGGUGGCGGCGGGGCCGCUGCCGUUGUUCGGAGGAGACGAUUCGACGAAGGCGGCGGCAGGGGCGGCGGCAGCAGGAUGCGGCUCGUCCCCAUCUUCGUCAUCUUCGUCUUCUUCGACGUCGCAAGAGAGAGGUGGGUAUGGAUCCAGCGGUAAGGAUAGUGUGAGUUUGGAUCUGCAUUUGUAAUUCGGAGGGCUUCGUUUCGUCGAAUUAUUAUAACAAUUUUUUCAUCCUAUUUCCCAUCAUAGGGUCCUUUGAUGCAUGCGAAUGAAUUGCUCUAUAAAAAUUAUGACUAGUGGCGUUUUCCAUGGUUUCAGUAAAUCUCUUUAUUAAUAUUUAAGAUCAAAUUAGAGAUUCAGUUCCUUAGGAGCUCCUACCUUGUUCACUAAAACGUAAUUAAUAACAAUUUAUGCUAGUUUUAUUU